ACACACACACACACGCUCGCGCGCGCGCACACAUACGAAGAAGAAGAAAAAGAUGUCGUGCGCGCCAUUUCCGAAAGAUGUAAACAUCGGCUGCUAUGAAGAAAGUUAUUUUUUCCACAUAACGUCAACGUUAAGACCGAACUUUUAAAAAUCUGUCAACAAUGUAUUCCAGCGGAAAAGGAUCUGGCGAUUCAAGUCAUCUCGUUGGCAGCUGUGAUGGCGAUUCCAUCAAAGUUUUUGUGCGAGUGCGACCUCUGACCCAGAGCACUGGGCUGACCACUGAUAGAGACCAGAAGCUGUGUCUCACAGUCACCUCACCCAACACCAUCCGUCUGCUGUCAAAACCAGAACCACGAACCUUCACUUAUGAUCAUGUUGCUGACAUGGACACAUCUCAGGAUUCUGUGUUCUCCAGUGUUGCCAAGAAUAUUGUUGAGUCUUGCAUGAAUGGAUACAAUGGUACUAUAUUUGCAUACGGACAAACGGGCUCAGGGAAAACCUUCACCAUGCUUGGACCAUCUGAGUUGGAUAACUUCACAGAUGAACUAAGAGGGGUCAUCCCUCGAAGUUUUGAGUACCUAUUUUUUCUCAUCAACAGAGAAGUGGAAAAGUCUGGCCAGUCCAAGAGUUUUCUUUGUAAAUGUUCGUUUAUUGAGAUUUACAACGAACAAAUCUAUGACCUUCUGGACACAGCCUCAGCCAGCCUUUUCCUCAGGGAGAACAUCAAAAAAGGUCUUUUUGUUGAGGGAGCUGUGGAGAAGUUUGUCAACUCAGCCGCCGAAGCCUACCAGGUGCUGUCUAUGGGCUGGCGAAAUCGACGCGUCGCUUCCACCUCCAUGAACCGAGAGUCUUCCCGAUCUCACGCAGUGUUCACCAUGACCUUGGAGUCCAAGGAGUCUAUCAAUGACGUGGUGAACAUCCGGAUGUCUCAGUUGAAUCUGGUAGAUCUGGCAGGUUCUGAAAGGCAGAAAGACACGCAUACAGAAGGCUCCAGACUCAAGGAGGCCAGCAGCAUCAAUCGCUCUCUGAUGUGUCUCGGUCAGGUGAUAAUGGCACUGGUCGAUGUGUCCAAUGGGAAAAACCGCCACAUUUGCUACAGAGAUUCUAAACUGACCUUCUUGUUAAGGGAUUCUCUUGGCGGAAAUGCAAAGACUUACAUCAUUGCCAAUGUGCAUCCUGGUUCAAAGUGUUUUGGAGAAACACUGUCCACCUUGCAGUUUGCUCAGAGAGCAAAGUUGAUCAAGAAUAAGGCCAUUAUCAAUGAAGACACACAGGGAAAUGUGAGGCAGUUACAAGCUGAGUUGAAGAAGCUGAGAGAGCAGCUUGCUCAGUCACUAACUUUCCGACCAGUGGACUGUGGAAGAGAUGUAGCGCCUGGAGGACCUGAACUCCCCAAAGAAAGCCAGCAUGAGUCCUCAUAUAAAGCAAAGUUUAUGGCUUCUGUCCGUCUGUGGAGGAAGCGAGAAGAGGAGAAGAGGGUGCUGUUUGAGAAAGUGGCUAAGCUUGAGGAAGCCUGGACCCAGAAGGACAAGUUCAUUCACUCGAGCCGAAUGAUUAUCAAGUUUCGAGAGGACCACAUCAAUCGCCUUGAAAACAAAUGGAAGACCGGACAAGGCUCACUCACAGACCAGGAGACUCAGUCUCUGAUUGAUCAGCUCAAAGAAGAGAUCAUGAUCUUAAGAGACCAGGUUGAACAUCACCCAAAGAUGACGCGAUGUGUAGCAGAGAACUUCAGCCUCAGAGAGGAGAUUCGUCAGCUUCGUUGUCUUGAAUCAGUUGUAAGAGCUGAAGAAGAUUCGCUGCAGGUUGCUGCUGAGUUGGAAGAGGCCUUCGAGAGGGCUAUGGAAACAGAAAGACCAACAGAGAAUUCUGUCCCGGCUGCUGCAAUUGAGAAGCUGAAGGCUCAGCUGCUCCAGAAGCAGUCUGACCUCACUGGUGUAUUUCAGGCCUUUGAGGAGUACAAAGAAAUCACCAGCAAACAGAUGUUACAACUGGAGUCUGAGAAAAGAUAUCUUGACAAGUCCAACAGGCAUUUGGAAAACAUUUUGGAAGCCACCAACGCUUACAAAAUGAAGGAAGUUUCUGAGCUGAACAGAAUUCACGUUGAAACUAUAAAGAUUCUUACCACGCCCACCAAAGCAUACAGCUUGCGGUCCCGUUUUGUGCCUCUCUCCAGCCCGGACCACCUGACUGGGACGGACAAUGAUGCAGACAACAUUUGGACGGAGCAGCUUCCUUCAGACACGAACGAGAUGGCCUUAACCGAGGAACUCGGCCAAGUGCAGGAACAAGCCUGCCGUGCUCAGAUACAAUUCAAUGAGGAAGAGCUGAAGAACAGCAAGCUUUUGCAGCAAAUCACAAAGCUGGAAGAGCAGAUCGCUCUGAUAUCGGAAGAGUGUGACCGCAAGGAGGAGCUACUUUCUUGUGAGCGAGCUAACCGAAACAAAGACCAACUCAACCUGCAAGCAACGGUCUGUGAGCUGCAACAGAGCCUCCUGUCUGAACAGCAAGCUGCACAGGUGCUGAGGGGUGAGGUCCGUGAUCUGCGCCUGGUGCUGCAGUCGUCUGAUUCCGAGCUGGCCGCUGUGAGGAGCGAGCUAAGAGACGGCCUGAGCGAGAAGCAGAGAGAGACGAGCCAGCUCUCCGCCAGUCUUAUCAGCACACAGCUGCGGCUGGACAAAGUCCAGAUGGAGUGGGAGCAGCUUCUGGAGCAGCAUCGGUCACUGCAGGAUUCAUCUGACCAGCUCCAAGCCGAGGCCAAGUUUGAGGCUGAUCAGGCAAGACAGAAGCUGCAGGACAGGCAGCAAGAGAUUGCUGAACUGCAGGCACGGCUCACGGAUUUGAAUAGUUCUCUGCAGACUGAGCAAGAGCACACCAGAACCCUGAUGUCUCAGUUGAAAGAAAACAAAGAGAGCACAUCAAAAGAAAUUAUAGAAACCGUGGAGCAGAAUACACAGCUUAAAAAACACGUCUCAGACCUGACACAACAACUUCAACAACAGGCAUCGGAAAUUAACAAUCUUGAGCAAAAUUCCCUCUCUGCCAACGAAACGAUAAAAAGCUUGGAACAGAAGAUUGAACAGGAUAAAGCUGUUGUUGUAGAUCUCAUCAACCAAACCCGAGACCUCCGCAGUGAGCUGAGCCAGAAGGACCAGACCAUGAGCAACCUGUCCGGGGACAUCAGAGACAUGACGGCCAAGUUCAAUGCUACCUGUCUGGAAAGGGAGGAUAUCCGGGAGCACAACUCUAAGAUGCAAGCAGAAAUCUAUGAUCUGAAAGAAUCUUUAGACAGACGGGUAGCCUCCAACCAAAUAGAGCUGGAGGUGUUGCAAGAGGAAGUUGUCUAUGCCACGGAGGAGGUUGAGAGACUCACUAAAGUCAUUGAUGAGCAGAACAGCCUCCUCCAGGCCUCUCAAGAGCAAACAGCCGAGAAGGACGUCACGAUCCAAAACCUACAGCAGGAGAUUCAACAACACCAAGAAGCUGUUGAGAGAACUUUACGAAAUGGAAAUUUCAAAUCCUUGAUGGAUGUUAAAAACACACCUAAAUCAUUACCUCGGACACCCUGCACCCCAGGAAGUUUCAACAGGGACUUGACCCAGGUGCUCGAAAGCCAGGAGAGGGAGCUGGAGAACCGCCGCUCCUCCAUGGUGACCAUGGAGAUUCUUUUAACAGAGCUGAAUGCUGAGAGGGUCGCCAAGAAUGAGGAGAUCCAACGGCUUAAGAUGCAACUGACUGAGAAAGAGUUGGUCCGGAUUCAGAUCCAGUCUUUACUCGACCAGUUUUACAACAAGCAGAGCCAGACACCGAGUGGAGAUAACAACAGUUUCAGUGAAGAGUUGAAUGGAGCCAUCAAGCAAACUAUACUUAAAGAGCUACAGGAGGAGAGAGAAGAGAAGGGCAAAAUAAUGCAGAAGCUCUCUGAAAGCCAUAAAAGUGCACCAUGCAUAAGGCUGCAGGCGCAGGAUUCAAUGUUGGCCCAGUCCCAAACCUGCGUCCAGGAGCUGACCACCGAGCUGAGGAAUCGCUGCCUCGAGUUGAGAGACCUGAACCUGAGGGUGCAGGAUGAGGAAAAACUACUCCAGGAGAACGAGGUCCUCCGCAGGCAGAAUGUUAAGCUGUCGGAGGAGAAUGGGAAACUUGUGGGGCAUAAGAAUCACAAACAGAGGAUUGAAUAUCUGGUGAAGCUGAAAAUGGACAACACCAAACUUCAAGAGGAAAAUAUAAAGCUCAAAACAGAGAUGACGUUAAUGCGGGACAGCGGUGGAUGUCCGCCAUUGGAUUUGUCAUAAAUCCUUGAUUCUUUAAGUGUUUGAAUCUCUGUAUUUUGCAUCUUUCCCAGUGAAAAUUAUUUUCUAAUGUUUUUAAUUGAGCAUUGAAGUGGGCAGGUAUUUUAAUGGUUUAAAGUACAAAGAGAUUCUGGGUUAUAUUUUGCUCUUGAUGUAAUUCUAUUUCUUACACCUCCUACAAAGUGAUCUGGAAGCAUACUGGCCCUUCUCCAUUUAUCUGAUUUUGUAGCAGAAUAAAAGCCACCAAGAGUAUGUAGAGAUUUGUUUGGAUGAACUCUGCAUUAGUCUAGCUCCAUCUCUGUUGUGUUUCCUUUUUAGAUUAGUAAACCUACUCAACUUUUUAUCACGGACCUCAUUGAAAUUACAACAAUGUGUAACCUAAUCUUAAUGUGAACUCUGGGCAUUUCUGUGUUCACCAUUUUUCCGGUUCUUAUGUCUAGUGCUGUUAAUGUACUGUAUCCACUAUAUAUGGUUCUAUGCUGUAAAGCCAAUGCAGUUUUUUUUUAAAGAAUAAUGAACUUUUUAAAAACGUACAAAAAAAUACUGUUAUUAAAAUCGUUUCUCUUA